GCGUGCAAGAACAAUCAUGGAGGGAAAUGACGCACAUCUUCCCAGGGGCUGUUCGCUUCGGGAUCAGUCUGGAGUGGAAACAGAACGGAGUGACCGAGCGCUUCCGAAAAGCAUAUCUGCUUCAAGCUGGAGCAAAAAAAAUACGAUUGAGCUAUCAUGCCGAGCGCUGCGAGCACGAAGACAGUGAAAACGUCGAAAAAAGCCGAAGUGACGAAACAGGAGGAGAGUCCGCCUGUACGGUCCAAGGUCAAGACGCCUUCCACUUCGUCAGACUCACAGGGCGAGAAGCGAAAGAAGAAGAGAAAGCAAACAUUCUCGAGCCACAUUUACAAGGUCCUGAAGCAAGUUGCGCAAGACAUCGGUAUCUCGUCGAAAGCCAUGGCGAUCAUGAACUCUAUGGUCAACGACUUUUUCGAAAGGCUAUCGAAGGAAGCUGCUCACUUGGCUCUUCUGAACAAGAAGGCCACCAUCUCAUACAGAGAGAUUCAGAGUGCCGUGCAGCUGACACUUCCGGGUGAUUUGGCGAAGCAUGCGAUAACUGAAGGACGUAGAGCGCUCGCCAAAUACAACUCAUGAUCCAGUCCGCUUCCGACGAAUCGGUGCCCAGCUCCUUCCUACCUCGAGCUUUUACAGAGAUGGUGCACCCUGUUUUUCUGGAAGUUUCAUAAAGGUUGAGAACCUCUUUUAAAGUCAA